AUGUCCAAAGAAGACUCCGAAUCCGCACCACCUCCCUACUCCGAAUCCGCCCACCCAACAACCUCCACCAUCCCCUCCCGCUCGACAGACGGAACCCCCAGCCCAUCCUCCUCAGUCCCAAGCUCCCACCUCGCGACGCAGCUAUCGAGCCUCUUCUCCACCCGGCUGCGCCAGACCCAGUCGGCGCGGGCGACGCGCCAGGCGCUGUCCGACCUGGACCUGGUGGAGCGCAUCGUGCCGCACGUCGAGGCCUUCAUCGCCGACGUCGUCGACGCCCACUCCCCGACCACGGCCGCGGAGCUCACCAUCGUGCCUGCGCCCGCCGUCCCGCCCGCCUGGGCCCUCAGCGGCGCCGCCGAGCGCAGGCGCGAGGGCGAGCUCGUCCACCUCGUGCGCCUGGCCGUGCCUGGUGCGUCUGCUGCUCCGUCGAUGGGUGGGGUCGAUGAGAAGGGGAGGCCGAGGGAGCCGCCACGCAGCACUGACAGCAAAGGUGGGAGUGGGUUGGGAGGAGCAGUGGCCGAGGCGACGUCUGCGUCGACGGGGUCGAGUCUCCGGCCGGAGCGGGACUGGACGUCGACGCAGUUUGACGAGUGGGGCCGGUGGGACGAGGACGCCGAGGCGGCGGCUGCCGCUGGGGGUGCCGGCGGGUCGCCGUUGUGGUGGUGGCGGGACGAGCGCAUGGCGGCGCGGUUGGCGGCGCACCUCCAGCCUCGGCCGCCCGUCAAGAUGCAGCGGCGUGAGGUACAGGCCGCGGUCGUGCAAGCAAAAGAGGAAAAGAAGAGCGGCUGGGGUCUGUGGCGCAAGAAGUCGAGCUCCUCAAAGGCGGCGCCAGCCUCGCCGGUUGCUGCCGCCGCCGCCGCUUCUCCGGUAUCGCCCGUAUUGGAGCAAGAUGACGGUGUCAAGAUGACUGUCAGGGCUGAUGAGGUUACGUUUAGGCGAGAAAAUGACUUUGGGGUGUGGGAGAGCAUGAGUGGCUGGGGUAUUGUUGUUACCAUUGUGGUGAGGUAG